AGGCUACUGGCUGGAUUCGAAGAAGAGCUGAGAGAGCGAGGGAUUUUUCACGAGAGACAAGGUUGCUCGCGGAGCAAAUGAGAUAUUACUAACGUGUCGGUUCGUGCCUCCACUGCUGGACGCGCUGUGGAUAUCGGGUGUCCAGCGUCGAGGAAACAGGACGACCAGCUAAACUGGGUAGUGAUUUGGAGCGAGUUACCCGUUCAUCAACAAUCGACUUUCAGUGAUGCUCAUUCCUGGGGAAAGUUAUAUAUAGAUGUAGCUAGUAGUCGAGUGGUGAUGAGAACCACUGGGGUGGCGGGAAAUUUUGAAUGGUAUAGGCUAUAUAAAUAGUGACGGGCAGGUGUUUUUUGGUGUUUUAUCGAAGAAUAAUUCAAAAUUUUUGUCAAAAAUCAUAAACAAUAAAACGCUCCAGUUUGAUUUGCAUACCUACAAGUAUAUUGUUUGGAAAGUUUUGAAGGAUAGCCACUGCUCUAUUAUGACAGAUGCAGAUUCACUCACCCGUCCAAGUGCUCCAGUAUAACCGUGAAUGGAAAGUUUAGAUUAUAAACUAGAACCGGAAAGUUGAGUCUUGUAAGAACUGAGUUUUUAGUUCAUUCCUGUCGCAGUGUCAUUCAACAAUAAGUUUUGAAUCAUGGUUGACUUUAGUUUCUUGAUAAAUAAAAAUGUUGGAUUUGUUGGCGGUGGAAAUAUGGCACAAGCAAUUGGUCUUGGACUUGUUAAAAAAGGUGUCAUAAAGCCUAAUAAUAUAUGGGUAUCAAGUCGAACUGAAAAAACUUUGAGUGUAUGGGAGAGUGUUGGUAUCAACAUCACCUUCAAUAACUAUGAAGUAGUACAAAAUUCUGAUGUUAUAUUCUUAGCUGUGAAACCCCAAAUGCUAGAUGAAGCAUUAAGAACUUGUAAACCUCCUCAUCAUACCACUGGCAAACUUUUUGUUUCUGUAAUUGUUGGAAUUCCUUUAGAUACUUUAGAUGAAAAACUGCGGGCAGUCGACAGUUUUCCCAAGAUUAUAAGAUCGAUGCCAAGCACUCCAAUGAUGGUUGGUGAAGGAAUAACCGUUUACUGCAGUUUGAGAACUAAUGAAGAAGAAGAAUGUGCUAUAAACUAUUUGUUCUCACAACUAGGGCUUUGUGAAAAAAUUCCUGAAUCUCUUAUGAACAGUGCAGGAGGUCUAUCUGGAUCUGGUCCUGCUUACGCAUACAUGAUAAUAGAAGCACUUGCUGAUGGUGCUGUGAAAAAAGGCAUUCCACGAGCUUCAGCUACAAGAUUUGCAGCUCAAGUACUUGUUGGUGCUGGAAAAAUGGUAUUAGAAACUGGAAAGCAUCCUGGAUUACUGAAGGAUGAAGUAUGCUCACCUGGUGGCUCCACCAUAACUGGAGUCCAUGCAAUGGAAACUGGUGGUGUCAGAGCUGCAAUGAUGAACGCUGUUGAAGCAGCUGUCAAUAAAUCAAACGAGUUGACCUCGUUGUUGGGUAAAAAGUGAAGAGAUAGUUCAGUAUAAUGAAGAGGUAUUGAUGUACUUAUACAUUGCCUAUUUUCCAAGUAUCUCUAUACGUUUCAAUAAUUUAUUAAGUAACGAUACAACACAGUUGAAUGGACGUUCCAUCGACAACGUAACUUAUAUUUCACUCAGACAAUAAAGCCAAAAAUAUUUUGUGAUAAA